AUGGAUCACGAAGACAACUGUACUUGGCCUAGAGAGCCAUGGUUCGCAGCGCUUCUCCUUCCAUUGGGACUUUGCAGUGGCAAAAUCAUACCCGUCGAGGUUGGAAGCAAAACCUCGAAUGGUUUCGAGCCGCCUCGAAUGGACGCGAGAGUAGGGGAUAUCAUUGAGUUUCGUUUUGGCUCUGAUGAGCACAGCGUGGUGCAAGGCAACCCAACUACAGGAUGUUAUCCUGUUGAUGUUGGAGGCUUUUACUCCGGUGCGCAGUCCAAGCCGGCUACUUUCCAAGUCACGAUCAAUAGCACCGACCCCAUUUUUGUAUACUCGUCAGUCGACCGUGAAUGCCAGAAGGGUAUGGUUGCCGUCAUAAAUGCAAACAAGGUGGAAGAGACUGGCUACCGGAUUACGGUCAUCAAGUCGAUCAAGAACGAGAGCCCUAGCCAUGCUUUUGGAGGGGUUUUGUCUAAGUCUAAUGCAACUGCUGAUGGUCGCGCGGAGGAGUCUGGAGCGGGAGCCACUAACAUUCUCGGCGCUGUAACAGUGGCUGCUUUGACAAUGGCUGGACUUCUUUUUGUUUGA